CUUUUUUCUGCAAAAUCUCGUCUCUCCUUUUAUUUCGCGUUUUUCUAGGGUUUCGCAGCUUCUGUAGUUGCUCGAUUUGCUCCUACGAAACCCUAGUCGCUGAACUCGCGCUAAUCAGUGACCCCCAGCCCCGUCUCGGCGUUCUGUUUGUAUGAUUUUGAGCUUCUUCAACUGGAAUGGAGUCUUCGGGGCGCUUAGAGCUUGUCGCUAUCGACUCCAACGACGCCAACGAUGAGGAGCGGCUGAACGGGGGAGAAGAGGCAUGUUCCUCCCCAUCUGGUGAAGAGAAGGUGGUCGAUGUUUCCGGUAAUUCGUGGGACCUCUCUCCUUUUGAGAGACUGCCGCCGCCUUCUUCGACCCAGGGGCUAUACUUCUACCACAAUACAUUUCACUUAAUUCCGAGGUCAAUUGGAGGACUGGGGAGGCUGAAGACGCUUAAGUUCUUCGCUAAUGAGAUUGAGAUUUUGCCACCGGAGAUUGGCGAUCUUAAGCAGCUCGAAAGUCUGCAUGUGAAGGUCACUUUGCCAGGCUUAUCUGGCAUUUCGUUGCAAAAGCUGAAGUCUUUGAGGGAUCUUGAACUCUGUAGGGUUCCCCCGAAGCUGACGGCUUUCUCUAUAUUGGGGGACAUCUCUUGUCUCAAAUGCCUCACCAAGCUUUCCAUCUGUCAUUUUUCAAUUAGAUACCUGCCUCCAGAGAUUGGCCACCUUAAAAAACUUGAGGAGCUUGAUCUUUCUUUCAACAAGUUAAAGAACUUACCUGAUGAUUUAGCUGGCCUAGUUUCUCUUAAAUCAUUAAGAGUUGCUAAUAAUAAAUUAGUGGAUCUACCUCUUGGAAUCUCAUCUUUACGGAGCCUGGAAAAAUUAGAUUUAUCUAAUAACAGGCUGACUUCAUUGGCAUCCCUUAAGUUUAGUUCCAUGGAUGCUCUCCAAUAUUUAAAUCUUCAGUACAACAAGCUUCCCUAUCAUUGCCAAAUCCCAUCAUGGAUUAACUGCAAUCUUGAAGGAAAUGGAGAAGAUAUUUCUAAGGGUGAGGCCUGUGGAUCAUCAGUUGAACCGGGUCUCAGUGAUGUUGGUGUGCAUAUGGUACAAAUGUGUCAAUUAUGCAAUGGUUGCCAUGGCAUGUCUUCAGCUUUGUGUACGGAGCUUCAUUCCAGUUGUAGAUGCCUGGUAUCACAGAAAAGGAAGAAGGGGUGGAAACGACGGGAUGAUCUCCAACAGAGGGCUCGCCAAGAACGCUUGAACUAUAGUAGGAAGUGCAGAGUUUCGGAUCAUACUGAUGAUAUGUCUGUAAUCAUGGGUGAAGAAAGUAAUUGCUGCAGAUCAUAUGUGGUAGAGGAUAGUAAUUCUGAGAUUCAAGUUGAUGACGAUGAAGUAAAAUUAUUAGAUAGUUCUGCAAAGUCAAAAUCUUCAUUGAAAAAGAUAACAGUAGAAGACACUGAAAGUGGCAGAUGUGAUCUUGUUAGGGAACAUUCUGUUUUGCCUCAAUUUUGCUGUUCUGAAAAUGAAAAUAAUACCAGGUUUAACAUAUCAGAAAUUUCAGAAGGGGAUGAUUGUUCGCAUUUUACUAAUUCUGCUAUCUCAAACAAGGGCUAUGAUUGUGAAAAUGAGGAAAUAAAUACUCCUUAUCCUCAUUGUUCUGUUGAUGAGCUGAAUUCUAUUGAUAAAUACUCUUUUUCUGAAGCAUCUAAUCUUACCACGAAAUCAAAAAGGCAUUCUGAUAAGGAUCUCGACAACCCUAAGCCAAGCAAGUUUCGUAAGCCUGUUGUUGACUGUUCAUACAUAGCCAACAAGUAUUGUGUGGAGUCCUUCUGUAGCAUUGAGGACCACCUCCCAGAUGGCUUCUAUGAUGCAGGGAGAGAUCGGCCUUUCAAGUCAUUGCAGGAAUAUGAACAGUGUGUUUGCAUUGAUUCACGGGAAGUUAUUCUUCUCGACAGAGAGAAGGAUGAAGAGUUGGAUGCAAUUGCUUUGUCUGCACGAUUACUUUUGUCCAACUUUCAAAGAUGUAAUUUGGCUCCUGUGAAAGAUGGAGUGGUUGAGGACUUGCCUGUAGUAUCAAUUCUUGCUCUAUUCGUGUCUGAUUGUUUUGGGGGAAGUGACCGAAGUACUUCAGUUUUGAGGUUGCGAAAAAGUAUAAUUGGGUCGGAUAAGCUGCAACCUUUUAUCUGUACUUGCUCAACUGGAAGCCUUUAUGAUGAUAGCGAAGUACCUAAAAAGGCUGAAGGAACUGUUAGUGGAUUUGAUUUCAAUGAAUUAUGUGAAAAUUCUUUACGAGUGAUUAAGAAAACUCGCAAUUCUAGUGUAGUUCCCUUAGGUGCAAUGCGCUUUGGUGUUUGUAGGCAUAGAGCUGUGCUCAUGAAGUAUUUAUGUGAUCGAUCCGAGCCACCAGUUCCUUGCGAGCUUGUUAGAGGAUACUUUGAUUUUAUGCCACAUGCUUGGAAUGUUGUCAGGGUCAAAAGAGGCAAUUCUUGGAGGCGAAUGAUUGUUGAUGCUUGCUAUCCUGCAGACAUACGAGAUGAAAAUGAUCCUGAGUUUUAUUGUAGGUAUAUACCUCUUAGUCGACUAAAUGCUCCUCUAACAUAUGAAAAUUCUCCCAUCUUUGGAUGUUCAUUCCCUUCCCCCUCAUUGUGUAAUGGAGUAGCAAAAAUACAAACUCGGACUGUUGUUCAUGGCAAAUUUGGUAGCGUGGAUGCAGCUGUCAAGAUACGCAGUUUGGAAGCUGAUGAAGCAUCACAAGAUGAAAUUAAAAAGCUUGAAUAUGCAUUUCUUGCAGAACUAAGAAUGUUAGGUGCUGUGAGGAAACACAGCUGUAUUGUUGAAAUUUAUGGCCACCAGAUUUCUUCCAAAUGGGUUCCUGUUGCAGAUGGACACAAAGAAAGCAGGAUCUUGCAGUUCAUAAUAGUAAUGGAGUAUGUGAAAGGGGGGUCUAUGAAGUGUUAUUUGGAUAGGUUAUUAGAGAGUGGUGAGAAGCAUGUUCCUCUUGACAUAGCUCUGUUUAUUGCAAGAGAUGUUGCCAGCGCAUUGGUUGAGUUGCAUUCAAAGUAUAUCAUUCAUCGAGAUAUAAAAAGUGAGAACAUUUUGAUUGACUUGGACUGCAAGAAAAGUGAUGGUUCACCAACUGUCAAGCUUACUGACUUUGACAGAUCUGUUCCUUUACAUUCUUCCAUGCAUACAUGUUGUAUUGCUCACAUUGGUGUGCACCCUCCUGAAGUCUGUGUUGGGACUCCUCGUUGGAUGGCACCAGAAGUUUUACAAGCUAUGCAUCAAAGAAACCCAUAUGGCUUGGAGGUGGAUAUAUGGUCAUAUGGGUGCGUUUUAUUUGAGCUGCUAACUCUGCAAAUACCAUAUGCGGGAAAAUCUGAAACAGAAAUCUAUGAUCUGCUAAAUAUGAAACAGCCGCCGACACUGCCACCACAAUUGGAAGCUCUUGCAAAGUCCGAAGAAGCAACAGCUGAAUCCGAUUUAGGGCUUUCUGAAACUGAUACUAAGAAGAUGAAACUACUCUUAGAUCUCUUUUACCAAUGUACCAAAGGAAAUCCAGCAGACCGCCCAACCGCCAUAGAUGUCUUUGACAAGCUCUGUUCUGUAUCGCAACAAUCUGCUGAUUCUGCUCAAACAAGCAGCCAAUGCAAUGGCUAAGGCUUCGUUUCGGACAGCUUUCUCAUUGCUUGCUAAAAUAGUUUUUUAGUACAAAAAAUUUUAAUUCAAAAUUUUUUUAAACAAAACACUGCUUUAGAAAGCAUUAAGAAAGCUGUCCCAAAUAAAUCCUAAAUAUCUGUUCCAACAACAAAAGAUUUUUUGUAGCUUCUAUAGAGUUGGUUCUUGCUUUGUGAAUUCGCUGCAGGAAAAUUUUUCACAGGACUAUGGGAGAGGUGGCUUGUUCAUCAAUGGUAGCUGUGUUUUGGCUGAUCCCUCAAAGCUGGAAAUGAAAGCUGGGCUGAAAGAAACGCUUCCUCGCUGUAUGUAACUACUUCAUUAUUUAAUGUUGAGGCAUUGGAAAUUUUUUUUGAAGGAAUUGGUUCUUCUGUUAGUGAAAAAGAAGAAUUCUAAGACUUUGAAAGCAUUUGUUGAACACAAGGUAGCAUGAGAAUGUGGAAUGUGGUUCUUGAUUUGCUUUCAGAAUGGCUUGAAAUUUGUUUGAAUUUUGAUUCAUUGCUAUAGAAAUUGAUUUGCUUUGAGAA